ACUUCUGUUCAAAAUAUAUCAUUGUUUGAAAAAAAAGACCCUCUUCAAUUCCAUACACAAUCAUUCAAAGUUCAAAGUUUCAACUUUCAAGCUUUAAAUUCAAUCAUACCCAUUUAGGAAGCACCCAAAUUUUUUACUCAGAUUCUCUCUUUUAUGAGUUACCCACUUCACCAUAUUUAUCACAUUAUCCAUGUCUGGUUUCCACUAUGUCUCACCUGCUCUUGUUCUUGAUAGAUUGAUUGGGUAGCUGAAUAGGUUAUGAGAAGUGGGUGAGUGCUUUGUGCGUUUUAUGAGAAAUAAGAUUUAAAAUGGUGGGUUUUAUCUGUAACACAGUUGGAGAGAAAGAUGGGUGUCAAGAACAAGCAGGUGGGAAAAGAGAGAAUGGAGAUUCUGGGCCACGCUCAGAUGUGCAUACCCAACACAGGCGCUCCAAAAGUGCUUCUGACAAGAAUUUUGGUAUUCGAAGAGGUCGAGUUUUAAGUUCCACAAAGAAGGACAAGAAUGAAACACAGGUUUCAUCACCUUCAACAAGUGCAUCUACGGGACAAAGUCCUUGGCAUGAAAAUCCUAUUUAUUUUAACAAGAAUAUGUCAUUGAACAACAGAGCGUCCUUGGAAAAAGAUAUCGAACAGCUGCAGUUGCGUUUGCAGGAAGAGAAAUCUAUGCGUAACAUGCUUGAGAGGGCAAUGGGCCGAGCUUCAAGUACUCUAUCACCUGGACAUAGACAUUUCUCUGUCCAGACGAAGGAAUUGAUUUCUGAAAUUGAAUUACUUGAAGAAGAAGUUGCAAAUCGCGAGCAGCAUGUUCUCUCUCUCUAUAGGAGUAUUUUUGAACAGUGUGUUAGUAAGCCACCUUCGGAGCAGAACUCACUUGUUGCUUCCCCUGCUCAUAUGAAGAAUGGAUCCAGAAAACAUCCCAGUAUCAUUUCAAGUGCAUUUUGUUCUGCAAAAAAUUUUCCUUUCCGACAUUUCAGAGCUCUAGUUGCCAUAGAUGACUCGGGAAAAAGAGCUUCCAAGACUAGUCAUACUCCACUAUCUAGUGGCAAAAGUGACAUUGAUUUUGCAAAGACUCGUUCAAACCUUUCCAAGGUAGAAAAGGUUCGUGAAAGGGUUCCAGUCCUCGGGAAAACUUCCAUGAUGCGAACUCUGAAAGAUCAUCUCCACCAGUGCCCUAGCAAGUUAGCUGAGGAAAUGAUCAGGUGUAUGUCUCUAGUUUAUUGUUGGCUUUGCAGUGCAGCCUCUGAGAAGAUUGAGAAAAACCAAUCGCCUUUGCUGUCGAGGUCAUCCACUAAUGUUUUACAGCCUCCACAUGGUACUGAAGAUGCCCAAGAUUGGUCAGGCAAAUCAAUGGUAGAAAUAUCUUGGAUAUCAACCGAUAAGAGAAAGUCUUCUCAUGCUUCUUAUGCCAUUAAUAACUAUAGAAUGUUGGUCGAGCAACUGGAGAAGGUGGAUGUCACUCAGAUGGAAUUGGAUGCCCAAAUUGCAUUUUGGAUCAACGUUUACAAUGCGCUGCUUAUGCAUGCAUAUUUAGCAUAUGGAAUUCCCAACAGCUCUUUAAGAAGGUUGGCCUUGUUCCAUAAGGCUGCUUACAACAUUGGGGGCCUUGUCAUCAGCGCAAAUGCCAUAGAGCAAUCCAUAUUUGGCUUCCAAACACCAAGGAUUGGACGGUGGCUUGAAACAUUCCUUUCAACUGCCUUGAGGAAGAAGUUUGGGGAAGACAGACAGCUUCGCAAUUCAAAAUUGGGUCUCCCAGUUUCCGAACCCCUUGUUUGCUUUGCUCUCUGUACAGGAGCUUUUUCUGAUCCUGCGUUGAAAGUCUACACAGCCUCAAAUGUUAGAGAUGAGCUUGAAGAAGCAAAGAAAGAUUUCAUCAAAGCAAAUGUAGUGGUAAAGAAGUCGAGGAAAGUUUUUCUACCAAAGAUGCUUGAAAGAUUUUCGAGGGAAGCGUCUUUUGGCUCUGAUGAUCUUCUCAAAUGGGUCACUGACAAUGUUGAUGAGAAGCUUCAGGAUUCAAUUAGAAAAUGCAUUGAUCAUAAAUCCAGCAAGAAGGCAUCUCAAAUCAUAGAGUGGUUGCCUUACAAUUCAAGGUUCCGAUACGUGUUCCCAAAGGAUCUGGCAGAGAAGCCAUGGUGGUUGUGACUUGUGAGAUUCAUCCCAAAUGCUUGAAGAAAAAAUCUGACCUUUGUCGGCUUUUGAAGGUGCUAAUAGCUCAUCACACUGGUUAGCCAACAAUACGCGGAGUACAGUCUUCUUGUGCAUCUGAUCUUAUUUCAAUACCACUGUGUAUGUGUCCCUGAAAUCCUCCCUCUCAUCAGAGCUUUGUAUGAACUUGAUAGGUUCAAUAUAACUCUGUUAACAUUACUCUCAGGCUUGCACCUGUCGCAGUUUUAAUUUUCAGACCUUUAUUUGUAUAUGGGAGACUAAUGUACAUAAUGUUGUAGCAUUCAUCGGUUUAUGCAGUAAGGUAGUAAAAUGUAAGCGGCGAUUUUCGCACUCAUUUUGCAUG